AACACAACGGCUGUGUUUUCAUUUUUAGUUUCGAAAAAAAAAAUAUUAUCAGUCACGGGUACACCUGUCGAGGAAAUAUUUUCGUACAAAAGAACAAGUACUCGUACUUGUGAUAAGAAAAAUCAUAGAAUAUUUUGAAAUAACAAAAAAAAUUAAAAUAUAAUAUGAAAUUAUCCCUAAAAUCAUAAUGAAAUAUGUAAAAACCCUAAUAAUAUUUGUAAUUGUGUGUCAUAUAACUCCCGAAAUAAUAUGCGAUAAAGUUAAAGUGGUCAAUUUAAAUACUUGGAGUUUAUCGAAUGAAAAUGGAACAAUCCAUGUAGAUAAUCUCAGAAGUCCCAAUGGAGUUUAUACCGCUUUAAAAGAUAAAUAUGGUUGCAUUUUGGAGUCUAAAAAUGACGAUAACUUAAGAUGGAUUGCGUAUGAUAACUGGACCUUUUCAACAGUCUUCAGUGUCAAAGUCGACAAGGAGCUACGUGUUAAUCUCACUCUACAUGGCGUAGAUACUGUGUCCACAGUUUAUUUAAAUAAUUAUGAAAUUGGUAAAACCGAAAAUAUGUUUGUACGCUCUUCCUUUGACGUUGGACCAUAUUUGAAGUCGGAAAAUAUUUUGGAAAUCAAAAUAAUAUCUCCCAUAUUGGCCGCAAAGGAACGCGCAGCUAAACUCAAGGAAAAUGACAUCAAUGCUCCACCUGAUUGUCCACAUAUUCGUGCGAAUGGCGAGUGUCAUCGUAAUAUGGUGAGAAAAAUGCAGGCAAGUUUUGGUGGAGAUUGGAAUUUGGCAGCACUGUCGAUGGGUAUAUGGAAACCGGUUGAUUUGGAAUACUAUGAAGUGGCCAUAAUGAGAGAUGUUGAUGUGGCCAUUCGUCAUAAUGAUACACAUUGGACGAUGGAUAUGAGAUUGUUUUUAAGUACGGAUAUACGUCAGAAGUUUUAUUGUGAAGUUACAUUUAUAGCGGUAGAACUUCUAAGUAAUCCCUUAGUUUUCAACCGUGAAAUCUCCUAUAACUCUCUGAAAAUAGAAUUUAAAGUGGAUAUACCAAAGGAUAGAAUAAAAUUAUGGUGGCCUAAUGGUUAUGGCGAACAGAAAUUGUAUCCUUUAUAUUUUGCCAGUAAUUGUUGGUUAAAUCCUGCUGGACCUAGAUUGAAAUCGAGAACAAAAUCUCAAAAAACCAUAGAUGUUGGUUUUCGCACCAUUGAACUGGAAGAAGAUUUAGAUGAUUUUGGUCGCACUUUCUAUUUUAAAGUGAACGAUCAGCCAAUUUUCAUUAAGGGAGCCAAUUAUAUGCCUGCUCAUAUAUUGCCCGAAUAUUCUUACAGAGAGAAUAAACUGUUACAUCUAAUAAAGUCAGCCAAAGAGACCCACUUGAACAUGAUACGAGUAUGGGGUGGUGGUCUCUAUGAGUCGGAUACUUUUUAUAAUUUAACCGAUUUCUAUGGUCUGUUGGUGUGGCAAGAUUUGGCGUUUACAACUGCCACCUAUCCCUUAACCGAUUCAUUUGUGGAAUCUGUACGCUUAGAGGCCUCACAAAAUGCCAGACGUUUAGCUUUUCAUCCCAGCUUAUGCAUGUUUGUGACCAACGAUGAAAUUGAACUGUACUUGACAAAGAAUAAAACAGAAUUGGGGCCAGACUCAGCACGCCUGGAAGAGGAAUACAAGCAAAUGUUUAUGGGCACCAUACGGCACGAGUUGAAUGUCAUAUCACGUAAUGAUUUCAAUCCCAGGGCUGGUCCCAUGAUUUCUACACCUUCAAUGGGGGUUGAAGAGAGUAAAAAGGAACUAUCCACAGAGCCGCAGAAUCCAAAUUAUGGAGAUGUUCACUUCUGGGAAGACGAAAAAGAUGGCCUAGAUCCGGACAUUUAUCCGCGAGCCCGUUUUAUAUCAGAAUAUGGAUUUCAAAGUUUACCCGCCCUGGCAUCGUGGAAUCGUACCAUUUAUCCGGGCGAUAGUUUGCCUAAUAUUGUGCAACAUCGUCAACAUGAUCCGAAAUCUUUUAUACCCAUUCUACAAUUAAUAUCAAGACAUUUUGCAUUGCCAGCAAUGGACUGGGAAAAAAAUGUAGAGUCCUUGAUCUAUUUAUCACAAUUAACACAAGCCAUGGCCACCAAAACCGCAACGGAUGUAUUCAGAUCACAUAGAACACAUAAGAGAACAAUGGGUGCCAUUUACUGGCAACUAAAUGAUAAUUGGGUGGCACCCAGCUGGUCCAAUAUCGACCACUUUGGUAACUAUAAGAUGGUUUGGAAUUGGUCGAAAAAAUUCAUGGCCCCCACAGCCAUUAUAGCCUUAAUGGAUGUUAAAAAUUCCAGAAUCAAUGUCACUGUUACCAAAGAAGAAGUAGUCAGUGAAAUUGAAAAACCAACGAAAUACAAUAUAACAAUGUAUACAUUUUUGUGGUCUGAACUGUAUCACCGAAAGUCAAUAACUUGGGAAACAUCAUUGAGCUCUAAUGGUAUUAAUACGGAUUAUUUGGAUAUGAAUGCAGUAUUUACUGCACCAUUUACACGUAACAAUUGCUUUUUGAAAUUUGUCUUGACACAAAAUAAUAAUACCGUAUCCAGUACUUAUAUAAUUCCGGGCAAGAUUGCAAAUUCGAAUGGCUUGUCAGAUCCUCAGUUAAAGUACGGUCUAACUUCCCAGUACUGUUUAAAAACCAAUAUCGAGUAUAUACAAUACUACACCAUCACAAUAACUGUUAAAAAGCCCGCUUUAUUUGUUUAUGUUGAAGUUUAUCAUCCAGCUGUGGAAAAAUAUAAACUUUCAGAAAAUGGCGUUAUAAUAACGGCACCCAUUAAGGUGAUACAUUUGGAAAUUGAAUUGAAAUCAGCGCCAUGUAUUACGCUCACCAAAGAACAUGUACGCAUAAUGACAAUAAAUGAGUUGUUAUUUGGUGAUACACCCGGUUAUAAUAACAACGAUCAGAAUGACGAUAAUAAUAGCAACAAUAACCAAAUGUCGACAACUGUUGCAAUGGAGUCAAAUUCAACGGAGGAAAAAUCUUCAACCGAGAAUGAUGAAGAUGGAAAUGUCAAUGUUAAGAGUACUACUGUAGCUGAUGUUGAGAUUGAACUUAAUACAGUAUAAAAUUAGCUCAAUCAAUUUAAAAUUAUGUAGUUUAUCACUUAAUAUAUUCAUAUGUAAAUAUGUAUAUCUCCCUAUUAUUGUAAAAAAACGCAAAUAACUAAGUAUA